UCACAUCCUGCCACAGACACAUCUGAUUGGCAGAUACUAUGGCAUGUGCCCAUGUCAUAGCUAAAAGAAAGGCUGAAACAUUUGUAAUUUUUUAUGUAAUGGGAGAUGGGCUCCAUAUUAUAAGGUAGGGGAUUCUUCAAGAAGUUUCAAUACUGAGAAAUCAAAUUGAAUGACAAACAGGAACCAAAAAAUGCCAUGGUAGAGAUGAAGAGAACCCAAAACCUCUUUUUCUGUCCUUGUUUCCUUUUCUGAAACAAGUGACUAUAUACUCAAAGUCCAUGGGGAACAUGACGGAACCAUUCUAAAAACUCACUAACACCUUCAUGUCCAGCCAAGAACCAGCAAGUUCACAUCUUAUUUGAAGAAAACAAACCUUUAUAUGAGUUGGAAGCAUAGUAUCACAAACUGGCGUAAAGGGGUAAAUAGGUGCCUGAUUUGCUUCCAGUCAGCCAGGCCCAAUAAUGUCCUUCAAGCCUGCAGAACUACUGCCUCUGUUGUUCCUCCUCCACCCUGAAACAGAACCAAUAGCGGCUGAUCUUGUGUCUACCCCCAACCUUCUCUUUCGUGACAAAGCAACAUGCAAGUGGAAUCCCAAGAACCUGAUUUCAAACGGAUCAUAACAAAGAGGAGAUCAAAUUUAGCAUGGUGGACUGCUCGACAGGAUAUAUUUGUCACUGGAAUGUUUCCACAUAUUAUACCACCAACUUGAGAAAAAAUGAUCAUUGUUUAUUUGAAGCUUGAUGAUAUUCUAAGGCUGCCUUUUCUCUUCUCAUUUUAGAGAAAAAUGAGCAGGCGGAAUUGUUGGAUUUGUAAGAUGUGCAGAGAUGAAUCUAAGAGGCCCCCUUCAAACCUUACUUUGGAGGAAGUGUUACAGUGGGCCCAGUCUUUUGAAAAUUUAAUGGCUACAAAAUAUGGUCCAGUAGUCUAUGCAGCAUAUUUAAAAAUGGAGCACAGCGACGAGAAUAUUCAAUUCUGGAUGGCAUGUGAAACCUAUAAGAAAAUUGCCUCACGGUGGAGCAGAAUUUCUAGGGCAAAGAAGCUUUAUAAGAUUUACAUCCAGCCACAGUCGCCUAGAGAGAUUAACAUUGACAGCUCGACAAGAGAGACUAUCAUCAGGAACAUUCAGGAACCCACUGAAACAUGUUUUGAAGAAGCUCAGAAAAUAGUCUAUAUGCAUAUGGAAAGGGAUUCCUAUCCCAGAUUUCUUAAGUCAGAAAUGUACCAAAAACUUUUGAAAACUAUGCAGUCGAACAACAGUUUCUGACUAUAUAACUCAAAAGUUUAAAUAGAAAACGGUAUAUUGAAAGAGGUGGGUUUGAUCUUUUUAUUUAGAAACCCACAAAAUCAGGAACACAGUACAAAUAAAACAGAAAAAAAAACUGUAAGUUGAUUUUUAGUUCCUAAAAAGAAACAUAUCUCAAAAGCAAUGGAAUCUAGAAUUCUUAUAACAUGAACAACAAAAUGUACAGCAUACCUAUGUAGUUCAAUAAAUACAUAAGGAAAAGGAAGGUCUUUCUUCAUGAUACAAGCAUUAUGAAGUUUUUACUGUAGUAGUCAAUUAAUGGAUAUUUCCUUGUUAAUGAAAUUUGGUGUCAUAAUUUACAAAUUAGUUCUUUAAAAAUUGUUGUUAUAUGAAUUGUGUUUCUAGCAUGAAUAUGUUCUAUAGAGUACUCUAAAUAACUUGAAUUUAUAGACGAAUGCUUCUCACAGUACAAUCAAUUGUAUUAUACCAUGAGAAACUCAAAAAGAUGUUCUUCAGAGACAUUUUAUCUAUAAAAUUUUCCUACAAUUAUGUUCAUAAACAAACUUCUUUAUCACAUGUAUCUUCUACAUGUAAAACAUUUCUGAUGAUUUUUUAACAAAAAAUGUAUUAAUUUCUUCAUUUGCUCUUGCAUUUACAUUGCUAUAAGGAUAUAAAAUGUGGUUUCUAUAUUUUGAGAUGUUUUUUCCUUACAAUGUGAACUCAUCGUGGUCUUGGAAAUCAAUAAAGUCAAACAUCAACUAAA